AUGGUUCGAUUUCAUUUAUUAUUAUUGUUAAUAUUUAUUAUUAAUAUUUGUAACUUAACAAAAAAAGCAUCGUUAGUAGUCGAUGCUAAAUUUUUCGAAUAUGAUUUACCUAAUCGAACAGUAACAAUAUGUCCCAGUUACUCAUUAAUAUCACUUGAAUGUCCUCAAAUUCCAUCAUUAUUAGAUCGUCGUUCAUGGCAGCCAAAUCUUCCUAAAUAUCUCAUAUCUAUUGAUUAUAUUCGGUCAUUUCCAUUACGUCUUGGUUUUGAUGCAAGCUCAUGCCAAUCUGAUUCAUUGCAUGCUUGUAAUAAUUAUGAUCUACGUUAUAUAAAUUCAUUAUGUAAUGGAAGACCUCAAUGUUCUGAUAUAUCUGCUUAUCAAAUACGUGAUCGUAGUUUAUGCGCUUUUAAAGCAGUUACAGAAAUUGGAUUUCAUUGUGUACCAACAUGGAAUUUAAAUGAAGUACAAACAAGAUCUGACAUAUGUAAAAAUAGUUCAUUAACAAAUGAUUAUGGUUUUAUUCAUUCAAGAAAUUACCCAUCAAAAAGUGUUCGUUUACUUUGUUCUACAAUAAUAUAUACAGCACCAAAUCAUAAAACUUUUCUCUAUUUUGUUAAUGGAGAAUUAAAUCAUGAUCAACUAAGAAUCGAAAGUGUUACAGCAGAUGGUAUAACAAUUUUAAAUGUAACUCUAAAUGGAAAUUUAACAACACAGCGAUUAGCAGCAUCGACUUAUAAAAUGAAAAUAACAUUUAUACCGAGUCCUAUUUAUUCAUAUCAUCCGACUUAUUAUUUACUUUAUUUUUACACCGUUCCAAUGUGUUCAAUUACAGAUCCAUGUGUAUAUAGACCAUCGCCAUAUACAAGUCCACAUAUUAUAUUUCCAAUAAGUACAAUUCGAACGAGAUUACAAUCAAUUGGAUGGACACGUGUACCCAAUAUUUGGAUUGUUAUACCAAUUAUACUUGCGUAUAUACUUCUAUUACUUCUUAUAGUUGCUUUAGCACUUCUAUUACAACGACGUCGUAAACAAAAAAAAACAUUAGGAGAUGUUUCAAAUACAAAUAUAUCUUCUCCUUAUAUGGAUGCAAGUGGUACGUCAAGUCGUGUUCAACUUGUUCCAUCAUUGUCUCCUCCGAAUGGUAAUAGUGCUGUUAUACAUGAUACUUAUUUACCUCGACAUCGUUCAAGUAUAUCACAAAGCUUUCAUCGUCCAUUAUCCAGUUCUUCGUUUGCUCAAAAUAAAGAGCGAUAUAAUCGCGAAAGUAAAAGUGAAUUUGAUCUUCAUCAUAGUGGUUUAGAUGGAAUAGAUUAUCGUCAUCAUGCAUCUAUACCUUAUCGUGUUCGUUCUACAACAUUCAAUGGUAAUUAUCGAGGUUAUGGUACAAUUGAUCCGUCUUCACUUAGCUAUGACGUUAAUCGUCAUCGACGUUCAUUGCCAAAAUCUUUUUCCGAUUGUAAUCUUUGCAAACGCCGUGCUACAGAUGAGGAAUAUCAACAGUAUUUUAAUGGACAUGAUGAUAAUUGGCAUUUAGAAAGUAAUUUAGAACGAAGAGCAGAACCAAGAACUUAUCGAGAUAAAAUAAAAGAACGUUUUCGCGAACGUUCAACAACUCGUCCAAAUUCUGAAAAUGAUGGAACAACACUACCACCAUCAGCAACAACUAUUGAAUAUACAACUGUUUUACCACGUCAACAAAGAAUUGCAAGUGAAUCGAUUCGUUCAAAUGGGCCUGUUCAUCACUUACCUUUUGAAUACAUUCCAAAUGAAAAUUCGAAUCAUAUUCGUCAAAUGGAAUUCAGACGAAGUUCAAGUCAAAAUUGUCUACCAACUGGCAAUAUUCAACAACAUCCAACUAGCGAUGAAAGUGGCACCUCAAAUUUCACUAUGAAAUUUUAUGAACGUGAUGGUGAUCAUACAAAACCACAUCACGAUCGAUAUGCUUAUGACGAACGAGAAGUUCAAGAAAUGUCGAUGAGAAUGAAUCAACAGCAAAAUUUUAACAGACAUCAAUAUUAUCGUCAGCAACAACAACAACAACAAAAACGUUUCACGGACAAUACUAGCGAAAUUUAA